AUGGUGGAAGGUAGUCCGAGGAGGGUGACUGUAACCAACACAAGUAUCAAGAUUCCUUUGGACCUCUCAGAAGACGAGGAGGGACAACACCCACCCCUGCAUACCAAAUUCGAUAACUUCAAAAAACAUGAAACCGAACCGUCCGACGGAAGUCCAUGUGAGUCCAGGUGGAAGAAACUCCGCACCACUGUUCAACUGGGCAAUGCUGUUACUCACCAUAGAAAACCACCCCUCAAAAGGGAGGAUUCUUUUCUAAAGCGUUUCUCAACGCGACCUCCAAACAUAAUCCUUUGUGACAAAGAUCCGGCAAAAGCUCACAACUGGAUAUACCGUGUCGCCAGGGCAACAGUUCUCAAUCCGGACGAAUCCCUCAAGUUCUGGUGGUUGUGGCUCGUAACGUUCUGUGGCCUUUACAAUAGCUGGACUCUUAUUGUCCGGCAAGCCUUCCCGGAAUUACAAGAGGCCCACACUGUACUCUGGAAAGUGCUCGAUGGGUGUUCGGAUGCUGUGUACUUUUUGGAUAUCGCUGUGCAAUUUAGAACUGGAUAUCUGGAACAGGGUAUCAUGGUUCGCGAUGCGACUCAGCUGGCUAAACACUAUGUUAUGUCACGUGAUUUCUUCUUAGAUGUCGGGGCUCUUCUCCCUCUCAGCUAUAUACCCAGUUUAGGAGAAUCUCCACUACUACGUUUUCCAAGAUUUCUAAAAGCAAGAAGGAUCUACAAGUUUUAUUACGCAGUGGAAUCACGAACAGCUUAUCCCAACCUGUGGAGAGUUGCCAACCUCAUCCACGUCCUGCUUCUGUUGGCUCAUUGGUUCGGAUGCUUCUACUACAUGUUGUCUGAGCUGGAAGGUUUCAAGGGUAGCUGGGCUUAUAAGCAUCCAGACUAUCCCGAAAAUGAGCACUCGCCGCUGGUUAGGAAGUAUCUAGGAUCUGUUUACUGGUCCACUCUUACGCUCACAACGAUUGGUGAUCUGGCAACUCCAGCCACGAAUUUGCAAUAUUUAUUUACUAUCAUCAGCUACUUGAUAGGAGUGUUUAUUUUUGCCACCAUAGUGGGACAGGUGGGAAAUGUUAUAACGAACAGAAAUGCUAGUAGACUGGAAUUUGAACGACUUUUGGAUGGUGCCAAACUGUAUAUGCGACAUCACAAAGUGCCAAAAGGGAUGCAAAGAAGAGUGCAACGGUGGUAUGACUAUUCAUGGUCCAGGGGUCGAAUGCAGGGAGGAGGGGACAUUCACUCAGCCUUAGGAAUUCUUCCGGACAAACUGAAAACAGAACUUGCCAUUCACGUGAACCUAAAGACACUGAAAAAGGUGAGCAUAUUUAAAGAGUGCCAGCCGGAAUUCCUCCAUGAUCUAGUGCUGAAAAUGAAGGCAUACAUAUUUACACCAGGAGAUCUUGUCUGUAGAAAAGGUGAAGUGGCUCGAGAAAUGUUCAUUAUUGCAGACGGCAUAUUGCAAGUCAUAAAUGACAGGGGACAAGUUCUAACUCAUAUGCGAGCGGGGGAUUUCUUUGGAGAAAUUGGUAUUCUGAACUUAGAUGGAUUUAACAGGAGAACGGCCGAUGUAAGGUCCGUUGGUUACUCUGAACUCUUUAGUCUCUCUCGGGAAGAUGUUUUAUCAGCCAUGAAGGAUUAUCCUGAAGCUGAGGAAAUUCUUCAAUCCAUGGGCAGACGGCGCUUGAUGGAGGCUAGACUAGCCAGUCCUUCAGACAAAUCACCUUACCAAGAAGACUCAGAGUAG